CGGAGCUUGAGCCCCAGCAGACAGACAUUCAUACGUCUGCCCAUCCACCGACGCCAUCGAGCAAUUACCAAGCUUGAGGAUUCCAUUUGCUACUACCUUUUUCAGUGACUGUGCGCGUACCUGUGGACUUAUUGUGGACUGCGCUGCCGUGUGCCAAGAGGGAAAACCUGUAGAGGAGUGAAGGAGUACCCCGGGCCCAACCUUGAAGUCCAGUUACGUUGCCGUGGGCUGUGGCCGCCGCCCGCCGCGCUAUCCAAGUCCGGGUCCGACCCUUGCGAACGAACCCGCAUCAUCCACUCAAAAAAAUAGAGGAACUUCACUUGGCUUGUUACUUACUGCAAUUGAAGCAGUUGCCGGAAUCUGUCUCUGAACUUGCCGCCGCCGCCGCCGUCCCUUCGUCUCCUCGAUUACCUAGCCUUGCCAUUCGGUCGUCUCUCUGCCGACUCCGAUCUAGUAUAUACCCUGAUUGUUUACCUUAUCUACUAGAGGUUCUCCUACACCCAUCACCACAUAAUAACCAUGGCUCCCACCAUCCCGCCGCCCUCCGUCCCCAUCCCGGCGGCCACGCCCGUCACUGUCCCGGCCGACUCGUCCAUCUGGGACCGCGUCUCCAACUGGGUCUCGGAGCACAAGGCUGUUGUCUACACCAUUGCUGGUGUUUCCGUCGUCAUCACCACCGCCGGUGUUGUCUACUAUCUCCGCAAGGGAUCAGAGCAGAAGGAGUCCGGCCCCAAGCUCAGCAAGAAGGAAAGGAGGAAACGGAAGCAGGCCGAGAAGGGGGAGGCCGAGAAGGCUUCUACUUCCAAGACAGAAGAGGCCGCUCCCACACAACCCAAGGCCGCCGCCGUCGAGAGCGCCGACGAGCUGCCCGAGAUCGAUGAGGAAUCCGUCGUCAGGCUAUCCGAGGACGAGCGCAAGGCGUACGCCGCCAAGCUGAAGGAGCUCGGAAACAAGGCCUACGGUUCCAAGGACUUCAACAAGGCCAUCGACCUUUACUCCAAGGCCAUCAUCUGCAAGCCCGACCCCGUCUACUACUCCAACCGCGCCGCUUGCCACAAUGCCCUCGCCCAGUGGGAGCAGGUUGUCGCCGAUACCACCGCCGCUCUCAAGCUCGACCCCCACUACGUCAAGGCCCUGAACCGCCGUGCCAAUGCCUACGACCAGCUUAGCCGCUACAGCGACGCUCUCCUCGACUUCACUGCCAGCUGCAUCAUCGACGGCUUCCGCAACGAGCAGAGCGCCCAGGCCGUCGAGCGCCUCCUCAAGAAGUUCGCCGAGAACAAGGCCAAGGAAAUCCUCGAGACAAAGCCUCCCAAGCUCCCCAGCUCCACCUUUGUUGGCAACUACCUCCAGAGCUUCCGCUCCAAGCCCCGCCCCGAGGGUCUCGAGGACUCUGUUGAGCUCUCCGAGGAGACCGGUCUUGGUCAGCUGCAGCUUGGCUUGAAGCACUUGGAGAGCAAGACUGGUACUGGUUAUGAGGAGGGCUCCGCCGCCUUCAAGAAGGCCCUCGACCUCGGCGAGCUCGGUCCUCAUGAGGCUCUUGCCUACAACCUCCGUGGUACCUUCCACUGCCUCAUGGGCAAGCACGAGGAGGCUCUCGCCGAUCUCAGCAAGUCCAUCGAGCUCGACCCUGCCAUGACCCAGAGCUACAUCAAGCGUGCUAGCAUGAACCUUGAGCUCGGUCACCCCGACAAGGCCGAGGAGGACUUCAACAAGGCCAUUGAGCAGAACGCCGAGGACCCUGAUAUCUACUACCACCGCGCCCAGCUCCACUUCAUCAAGGGGGAGUUCGCCGAGGCUGCUAAGGAUUACCAGAAGUCCAUCGAUCUCGACUCCGACUUCAUCUUCUCCCACAUCCAGCUUGGUGUCACCCAGUACAAGAUGGGCUCCAUUGCCUCUUCCAUGGCCACCUUCCGCCGCUGCAUGAAGAACUUCGACCAGACCCCCGAUGUCUACAACUACUAUGGCGAGCUUCUUCUCGACCAGAACAAAUUCCAGGAAGCCAUUGAGAAGUUCGAUACCGCGAUCGCCCUCGAGAAGGAGACCAAGCCCAUGUGCAUGAACGUUCUCCCCCUCAUUAACAAGGCUCUUGCCCUCUUCCAGUGGAAGCAGGAUUAUGCCGAAGCUGAGCAGCUCUGCGAGAAGGCCCUCAUCAUCGACCCCGAGUGCGACAUUGCCGUCGCCACCAUGGCCCAGCUCCUCCUCCAGCAGGGCAAGGUCGUCGAGGCCCUCAAGUUCUUUGAGCGUGCCGCCGAGCUCGCCCGCACCGAAGGCGAACUUGUUAACGCCCUUUCCUACGCCGAGGCCACGAGGACACAGAUCCAGGUACAGGAGAACUACCCCGAGCUGGCCAGCAAGCUCCAGGGCAUGAGCGGUGGUCCCGGCAUGCGGUAAAAGCAUGUCAAGAUUACUCUAGCAGCAUAAAAAAGGAAGAGAAAUAAAGAAAGCGAUGAAGUUUUGAAACGAAGUAGAAAAGCAGUGUGUUGUACAUUAAAAAGGGUUCAUUUUUGGUUGUUGCUACUGCUGUAACGGUGUAAGGAGAUUGAGGAUGUCUGUUGGCGGUAAGGAGACGCGGGAAUGGAUGGAUGGUGUUUUACAUAGGUUGGCCUGGAUGGGAUAGGAUGUAAUGCUUUUUUUUUAAUACUUCUCUCUCUUCUCCCUCUCUCUCUGUCUCUCGAUUCCACACGACCUCAUCACUACACAUCACGAUCAUCGUCAUCAUCAUCACCAUCAAUCCAUUAUCAUCAUACAUCAUGUUAUGUCAUGUUACGCUUCGGGGGUCAAAUUGGCAUUUGAUUUUGGUUGAAUAUGGAGUUGAUUUCAAUGCUCUUCUCUCUAUCUGCUUUUAUGGGCCAACUCUACAGAUGGGGAGUUCGGUAUGUUCGUAAUUAUAUGACGAAUUAGUAUGUUGUAUAUACUCACCUUGGAGUUGUAGUAAACGAGCUUAAAUACGCUGAACAACACAAAACAAACGAGAAUGAAGAUGAAGAUGAAAAUGAA